UCAAGGAACAGAGAACAAUUUAUGCAAGAAAAGUAAGAAAAAUUAUGAUGCUCCUGACGAAUACUUGCAGAUGCAUAGAGCUUUCACCAGUGGGAAAUCAAGAAAAUCUCCAAAACUCAAUCCAAAGCCACAUCUUUUCCCCACCAAGUAAGCUUCAAAACUUCAAUUCUCCUUUCAGUUUCAGGGUUUUUAUGGGGUUUAGCUUGCAUACAAAAAACUUUUCAUCCAAAAAGCAAAGAUGGGAACUAAGCUCAAAUUCGCGAACUAAUCAGACCCUUUACAGAACAGUGAAAAUCCCACAAGCCCAGAAGCAAAACUUUAAAGAAAAUGGGGUUGUAGUAGGGUUUAAGCUGCAGUGCUGUUCAAAGGCUGCAACUUUACCAACAAGAAGUGUAGGUAGUACUAAGAAAAGAAGGUACGGUGGCAUUUUGCCUUCAAUUUUACGGUCUCUAGAAAGCGAAAAUGAUGUUGAAAAGGUUCUUGAGUUGCAUUAUGGGAAGCUUAAUGCUAAGGAGUUGACUGUUAUUCUCAAAGAGCAAGGUAGGUGGGAGAAGGUUUUGAGGGUGUUUGAGUGGAUGAAGUCACAGAAAGAGUAUGUCCCUAAUGUGAUUCAUUAUAAUGUUGUGCUUAGGUCGUUGGGGAGGGCGAAAAAAUGGGAUCAAUUGAGGCUUUGUUGGAUUGAAAUGGCAAAAAAAGGUGUUUUGCCGACAAAUAAUACGUAUGGGAUGCUGGUUGAUGUGUAUGGGAAAGCAGGUCUCGUGAAAGAGGCACUUCUGUGGAUUAGGCAUAUGAAGUUGAGGGGGCUAUUCCCAGAUGAGGUGACAAUGAAUACCGUGGUGAGGGUAUUGAAGGAUGCAGGGGAAUAUGAUAGAGGGGAUAGGUUUUAUAAGGAUUGGUGUGCUGGGAAAAUUGAACUGGAUGAUCUUGAUUCGAUGGAUGAUGUGCAAUCCAAGGAUGGGUUGGGACCUGUUAGUUUGAAGCAUUUUCUAUUAACUGAACUUUUCAGGACAGGCAGUAGAAACAGUCUUUCUAGUGAUUGGGGUUCAACUGAUGGAGAAAUGUCUGUUCAAAAACCAAGGCUUACAGCUACGUAUAAUACUUUGAUUGAUUUGUACGGGAAGGCAGGGCGGUUGAAAGAUGCUGGAGAUGUGUUUGCAGGCAUGUUAAGUUCUGGGGUGGCUAUGGAUACAAUUACUUUUAACACCAUGAUUUUCAUUUGUGGAAGUCAUGGUCAUUUGUCGGAGGCAGAGGCUUUGCUUGAUGAGAUGGAAAAGAAGGGAAUAAAUCCUGAUACAAAGACCUACAAUAUUUUCUUAUCUUUGUAUGCAGAUCAGGGAAAUGUAGAUACUGCUCUUCAGUAUUAUCACAAGAUAAGGGAAGUUGGUCUUUUUCCCGAUGAAGUAACCUUUAGGGCAGUUCUUCAGCUACUAUGCAAGAGGAAUAUGGUUCAAGAGGUAGAGGCUGUCAUUGAAGAAAUGGAGAAAUCAGGCAAGCAUAUUGAUGAUCACUCUCUUCCUGUUGUUAUGAAGAUGUAUGUCGAUGAAGGAUUGAAUGAAAUGGCAAAUGCACUGUUUGAGAAGGGACAAUUGACUGGUAGACUGACAUCAAGGUCAUAUGCUGCAAUUAUGGAUGUUUAUGCUGAAAAGGGACUUUGGGCUGAAGCUGAGGCUGUGUUCUUCAGUAAGAGGGACAUAUCUGGACAAAAGAAGGAAGUUCUAGAGUACAAUGUCAUGAUCAAGGCUUAUGGUAAGGCAAGGCUGUAUGACAAAGCUUUUUCACUUUUCAAGAGAAUGAAAAAUCAUGGGACAUGGCCAGAUGAAUGUACUUUUAAUUCUCUUAUCCAAAUGUUUGCUGGGAGUGAUCUAGUGGACCAAGCAAGGGACUUACUGGCUGAGAUGAGAGAAGCAGGAUUUAAACCAUCCUGUCUGACUUUCUCAUCAGUGAUUGCAAAUUAUGCCCGAAUUGGGAGAUUUUCUGAUGCAAUUAGUGUCUUCCAAGAGAUGUCAAAAGCAGGUGUAAGACCAAACGAAGUUGUUUAUGGAUCAUUGAUAAAUGGGUUUGCAGAAGCUGGAAAAUUUGAAGAAGCAGUUUCCCAUUUCCACAAUAUGGAAGCAUCUGGGUUUCCAGCAAACCAAAUAAUUUUAACCUCCAUGAUUAAGGCAUUUAGUAAAGUUGGAUCUGCUGAAGGAGCAAAACGACUGUAUGAGAAGAUGAAGAACAUGGAAGGUGGUCCUGAUAUAGUGGCAUCCAACAGUAUGCUUAAUCUUUAUGCCGAAUUAGGAAUGGUCUCUGAAGCAAAACUGAUGUUUGAUCAUUUGAAAGAAAAAGGUUGGGCAGAUGGUGUCACAUUUGCUACCAUGAUGUAUGUUUAUAAGAACAUGGGCAUGCUUGAUGAAGCUAUUGCUGUUGCUGAGGAGAUGAAAGCUUCUGGUUUGCUGAGGGAUUGUGUUGCAUUUAAUAAGGUGAUGGCAUGUUAUGCUACAAAUGGCCAGCUAGUUGCCUGCGGCCAGUUGUUGCAUGAAAUGGGUGAGCAAAAGCUUUUGCCAGACACAGGGACCUUCAAAGUAUUAUUUACAGUAUUGAAGAAGGGAGGUCUUCCAACUGAAGCAGUUAGACAACUUGAGUCAUCUUAUCAGGAAGGAAAACCUUUUGCAAGGCAAGCUGUGAUAACCUGUGUUUUUUCUGUAGUUGGUUUGCAUGCUUUUGCACUUGAAUCCUGUCAAAUCCUUGUGAAAGCAGAGAUUGCCCUUGGUUCAUUUGCUUAUAAUGCAGCAAUAUAUGCUUAUGGGGCUUCAGGGAACAGUGCUGAGGCAUUGAAUGUGUUCAUGAGAAUGCAAGAUAAGGGAGUAGAACCUGACGUUGUCACCCUCAUUCAUCUUGUAAGUUGUUAUGGGAAGACUGGCAUGGUUGAAGGCAUAAAACGAAUUCACAGCCAAUUGAAAUAUGGAGACAUUGAGCCCAGUGAAUCACUAUAUGAGGCUAUCAUAAGUGCCUACAGAAACACCAACAGGAAUGACCUUGCUGAGCUGGUGAAUCAAGAGAUUAAAUUUGCUUUUGAUGUAAAACCAUGCUUUGAUUCUGCCACUGAGGAUGUCUCUGAAGGAAGUUCUUUCAGUCCACAAGCAUCAGAAGAGGAAGCCGGAGAUGCAUAGUAAUUUUGGCCGGGCAUAAUCUGUUAUGGUUACAGAAAGUGAAUACUUCAUAUGCUGGCUCUUAAAAGCUAUACAAUUAGUAAAGCAUUUCUGCUACUAUUAAUGUUAGUAUACUUGUUCAAUGUAUGACCAGUGUGAUUAUGAGUCAUGGGGCUUUCUGUUUGGAGAGUUUGAAUAUAAGAGGAUUGGUUUGACCAUCUUUAAUUAACCUUUAAAGGCAUCGAUUGCUGCAUUAUAUGGUGCUGUAAGAGCUGAAAGAGAAGGCUACAAGGAAAACCAAAAGGAAAAAAUUACAUAGGUUUCAAGUUGUUUGAUGCAUGAAUUGCUGUACUAUAUGCCCUUCUCUUCCAAAUAUUUUUGAAGGAGCUGUUGUUGGCAACAACAAUUAAGUUCACCAUGCGAAAAGCUUCUGAGGAUUCAUUGCUGUAAUUGUCUGACAUUGGGAUAUGAAGCUGUUUUAAACCUGGAGAGGAUGCAAACAUGCUUGGAUGACUGGACAGAAGAGUUGUGCUUACCUUUAGCAAAAAAUUCAUUGACCUGAGUCAGACAAGAUGUCAGUGUUAGUACAGCUUCUGGACAAUCUAAUCCUAAUUGAAUUUGACAGCAAGUUAUCUUCUGGAUCUUGCUAUCUUCCUCUGUAGAAUAUGUUUCCAUUCAGUGAGGUAACUAUGAAGCAGAAAGAAUAAAAGAACCAAAGAAAUAUAUAGGCAGGCAACAAAGAUGGAGACAGAGACUGUGAGAUGGACCGUGCUUCAUCCUGGCAGCAUUUGGACAUCAUGGCCAAGUAAACUGCUAUUUCAGAGGUUGCUCUUCAAAGCUGCAUGACAUAUACUAUGAUUUUCUCUCACCGGCUGGUGGAUCACUCACAGUUCACUGAUAUUUCAGGCUUUGUAAUUUGAAAUAUACAUGUUCUGACUUGAUACUUCAAGAAUAGGAUGGCGAAAUGACACUUCAGAAGAUUAAUUCAGUUCCUAA